AUGGCUACCUACAACAUUACUCGGUGGGGAAGGCGUUACCGCUUCAUUCAUAAUGCGCGCCAGGUGCAAAUAAUAAGAAAGGGCCAAGUCAAGUUCCUUAAUAGGGCCACCCAAAAUGGUGCGAAGCAUUAUGUUGUGGAAGGAAACAACCUCCCACCGCUAACAAUAAAUAAUAUAAAUUUCGUGGCACAUGCUGAUGACAGCGCUCUCCAAGUAGAACUCCCAAAUGAUGAAGACAAACGUUCAGGAGAAAACACAUCCUCACCAAAAUGUAACAGCGUAGGAAUGAACGAACAUCUAACCAUAGACAAAGAGGAAACAGAUAUAAUGGUCCAUAUAAUAAACCAUUUAGAAACUUGUAAAAAAACAAGUAGGAGUUACCUCGAUUUCCUCACACUUUCCACCUUACACAAGCAAGAAAUUGAAAAGAAACAAAAGAACUUCUAUUGCAAUGACAAAAUAAGGGACCACUUAAGAGAGUACAUUCAGUUCGCUGUAAAAAACAAACACUACCCUUAUCUGUUUAAUAUUUACGAGAUGAUUUGCCUGUACAAAAUAGACGAUGUAGAAUUGAUCAGAGAAUUGGUUCAGUACAUACUUAUCUACACAACCAAUGAGGAAGAGAAAGUUAUUCACUCCUACUGGAUCGUAAAAAAUCUAGCUGAAAAAAAAAAACAUGAUAAGGUUAUUGCUAUGUUGGUAAUCAAGUACCUUUUCAACGAUUCUUUUUUUAACUUCCUCCAAAGGAACGCAUGCAUCAGUAGCAACUUUGUCAAUCUCCUAAGUUAUGUAUCCGAUUCGAUUGGCUCUUAUCCAAACGAAUCCAUCCUAUGCUCACUCCACUCCAUGCUAAGAAAAUACGCUCUCCAUUUUAACAGCAGAUUAGAAAAGGAGAUAGAACCCAAAAUUCUGAACAAUCUAGAGGAGCUAGCCAAACUGCAGGAAAUCUUUCUAAAAAACGGAUUCUAUGAUGAUGACUUCAAUUUGUUAAUUAAACGUCUUGUACUCACUUGCACUUCGUAUGUCAACCCUUUCGACUUACUGGUCCUCUCUUCCAAUGUGCUCCUUAACUUUUCAACGAAUGACCACCUGUUUCUGUGUCCUAAGGAACAGCAGGGGAGAGCCACCCCCAUGGAAGGAAUCCCUCUCAACGGGGACAACCCUACCAAGCUAGGCACCUUAUCCAGAAGGUACAGAAAUUUCCUAUCCGCGAAGACCAUGAUAGACGUUGUCAUCAGAACGAACGACCCCUACAUGGCUAACACAUGCAACGAUCUGGAGUACAUCCAGAGGUAUCUCCUCCUCUGUUCCUAUUGUCACUUCACUCUUUUUUCGAACUGGUGGGCCGACACUGUAAUUUGUGAUCGACUGAAAAAAAAAAAAAAACCUCAUAAAACAGUGCUACGGUCCAGAAUGCCAUACAGAAGUCAUCUUGUAGACCAGGUAUCCCACUUACUGGAUGUGAUUUUGCAAAGCUAUGAGAGUUCGGGAAAAGGAGGAAUAGACCCGUAUGCAUGUGUCGGUUCAGUAAGAAGCGAACGAGGUUGCAACCCUCCAGGAGAUACCAUAUCCAGGUACCUACCUUACUUGUUCAAAUCUUUCAUCCGAAUGGCCAUAAACAAAUCAGAGAUGAUUCACAAUAAUUCAUAUAUCCUAUUUUUCGAACAAGUAUUUUUACACAUAGUUGAUGAGUUCGUUGCAAAAUAUGAGCAGAGAAAAGUAGAAAACCAUGUGGAUGCAAACGAUCAGGGCAGUCUCACAAACAACGCAAGGGUCAAAGUGAUGACAAGAGAGUAUACCCCCCAUUAUGCUUUUAACCCAGGAGAUAACAUAAAUCGGGACGAGAGUAACCCCCUUCCAUCCGAUACCCCUCGACCACUGUACACGGAUGAAUUAAGUCUGUAUGAUAUAAGUUCCAUCUGUGAGUGUUUCUUUCUGGUGAAACUAAUGCAAGGGAGUAUUUUCUCGAAGCGUAGAAUGGUCGCACGGAAGGGGGUAUCCAUCCUCCAUGCACCAUCCAAUGAGAGGGAAAAUCACAGUAAUUCCCCCUUGAACAGAUCCAGAGAUGCAUUCGAAAAAACAUUGUACUUAUUCCUAGAAAGAUUAACCCCCUCAAGUGAAAUUCAUCCAAAUAGUGAGGGCUUCAUUACGUUAGACAAACAGGAUAUACUUAAACAAUUGAUAAAUAAAAUAAGAUCGUCUGCAGAACCCGUUUUUCUGUACUACUUAAUGUUAAGAACAAUUUUACCGAUUCUAUUUAGUGAUACCCGUGAGGAAUGUUUAGAUGUGACUAAGACGACAAUUUCGUGCAUACUGUCGCUACCAUUUCGAGCAGACACCUUUGUGAAUGGAUUAUCAUCUGCACAGGGGGAUGAUUCAACACACAAGAACUUCUAUCACAUUUUAAAGAAACUAACUCAGUGGGAAAAUUGUGUUAUAUCAAUAAACAGCCAAAGAAGAAUUAGGAUUCAAACAAAACGGAGAGGUCUUCCAUACGACUUCUUCUACGCCGGUGACUUCCUUCGACCUUCAUCUAUAUUUUUACUUUGCCUUAAUGAAAUAACGAAAUGGGAAGAUGUGUAUCUACCCUUCUUACAGGAAGUUUUUAUAUCUGACAAUUUUUCAGAAGGAGAUAAGGCGAACUUUUCGGAUCUCAUACAGGGGGCGCGUGACUCGGUAGAUUUUAGCAUCUCUAGGUUCUUAAGGGAAAGGCGGGCUUAG